AAUUUUUAAUUAUAAUUUUACCUGACACACCUCUGCAACUCUCUGUACAUUCUUCCCUUGUCGUUCUCUCUGAUUUGUCACUUUUCUUCCGAAAGCUCUUCCCCUCCCGAAUCUCUCUGCUCCUCUGUUAUCAUGCUUCAGAGCUUAGUCACUCAGUCUCCAAUCAACUCCAAUAACAAUAACAACAACAACAACUCUUCCGCAAUGAAAACCAAGCGCGUCGACCGCGAGACCGACAUCACCGACGUCGAUGAUCCUUCCAUGAAACGCGCCAACAUCGAACAAACUCAAAGUCAAACUCAGCAACCACACGAGCAGCAAGAGGAAGCGUCGGAAGCUGAACAGGUGGUUAUGGAAUUGGAGGGAGAGUCAACCGGAUUGAAACUCUUAGGUUUAUUGCUUCAAUGCGCUGAGUGUGUCGCCAUGGACAAUCUCGACGACGCCACUGAUCUCUUACCUGAAAUCUCCGAGCUAUCCUCUCCGUUCGGUUCUUCGCCGGAACGCGUCGGCGCGUACUUCGGUCACGCGCUCCAGGCGCGCGUUGUUAGCUCAUGUUUAGGAACCUACUCGCCUCUCACCACGAAAUCGUUAACGUUAUCUCAGUCUCAGAAGAUCUUCAACGCCUUGCAAUCAUACAAUUCAAUCUGUCCGUUGAUUAAGUUCUCUCAUUUUACCGCCAACCAAGCAAUUUUCCAAGCUCUGGCCGGCGCGGAUUACGUCCAUAUCAUCGAUCUCGAUAUCAUGCAAGGCCUUCAAUGGCCAGGACUGUUUCACAUCCUCGCCUCCCGGUCUAAAAAGAUCCGAUCCAUGAGAAUAACUGGGUUCGGAUCCUCCUCUGAGUUGCUGGAGUCAACCGGGAGACGACUUGCUGACUUUGCCAAUUCACUGGGAUUACCAUUCGAGUUUCAUCCACUGGAAGGCAAAAUAGGAAAUGUGACUGAUCUGAGUCAACUCGGGGUGAGACCGAGUGAGGCAAUUGUGGUCCAUUGGAUGCAUCAUUGUUUGUACGAUAUAACGGGGAGUGAUUUAGGGACGUUGAGAUUGUUGACUUUGUUGAGGCCGAAAUUGAUCACGAUCGUCGAACAAGAUUUAAGCCAUCGGGGUAGUUUUUUAGGUAGGUUCGUGGAAGCAUUACACUAUUAUAGCGCACUGUUUGAUGCGUUAGGGGAUGGAUUGGGUGUGGACAGUGUAGAGAGGCACACGGUGGAGCAGCAGUUGUUUGGUUGUGAGAUCAGAAAUAUCGUGGCAGUUGGUGGGCCCAAGAGAACAGGGGAAGUCAAAGUAGAGAAAUGGGGUGAUGAACUAAGACGGUUCGGGUUUGAACCCGUUUCACUUGGAGGUAACCCGGCUGCACAAGCCAGUUUGUUACUUGGGAUGUUCCCGUGGAAAGGGUACACUUUAGUGGAGGAAAACGGGUCAUUGAAACUGGGUUGGAAGGAUUUGUCUUUGUUGACAGCUUCGGCUUGGCAGCCGUCGGAUUAAAUAUAUAACUAGACUGAAUCCAAUGGAUCAAUGAUUGGGUUCAUCGAAUGAAAAUGUUGUCGUUUUGAGUAAAUGAUCAACAUUGAAUAGUGGGUCAUGGUUGGUGAGAAUGUAUUUGUUUAUAAUCCUUUGGUACAAUUUUUUAAGCAUCUAUGCUUGGAAGACUCAGCCGAUUGGAGAGUAUUUAAUUUAUGUUCCAUCAAUUUUUGGGAGGAAAAGAAAUAGAGAGAAAAAGGAAAAGGAUAGUGGUUAACUGAUCCUAUUCAAUUCAACUAGUUCCUGAAAUUUGUAAUUGUAAAAAUGCUGA